AUGGGAAAGUCGAAGAACAACAAGAAAGUGGCAAUUGCUGCUAAACCUGUUAAUUCUACUGCUCUUACUCAGGGUCGCAUCAGUUUGUCGCAAAAAAGCCGAGCCGAAACCGCCAAAAUUCGAUCGAAAAAGGAAUCCGACAAUUUGGACCCUCCAAUCGUCAACAACAACAGCGACACCGAGAUGGAGGAGGUCGAGAAUCCACUGAAGUACGAUCGCAUUGUCCAGAACAUCAAUUUGUCUCAGUGGAACCUGCAAACCCUUGCCUAUUUAUGCACAAUCCACCACCCUCCGGCGACUGAAUCCUGGGAGGAAGCAGCCGAGAAGCUACUACAGAUUUGUGAUGGGGACUGGAACUUGGUCAAACAACGCAUUCGAGCUGCGCUUGACCGAGACAUCAGGGACAAAUUUAUUGGAAACGAUCGGGAGCUCGUCGUCUAUGUCCGAGGACUGAUUCUUGGGCUGGCGGUUCAGGAUCCUCUGGUGAUUUUUCCGUUGGAUGACCCGAUGGAGGAGACUAAUUUUUUCAAUCGGUAUUGGGAUUUUACUUUGGAGGUUGAGCCUCGUUUACUACUGGAACUACGUCCUCUGGCUAAAGUGUGGGCCAUUGCGGUUGAACUUCUAGGCCACCCGUGGACCGACCCUGACACGACGACGGUAGUAACGGAAUUGGCUGAGCGUCGCUCAGCAGCCAAGGGCCGAAAACGUGAGCGCAAUCUGGACCCAUCAACGGAACGCAAAUCAGCUCCAAUUGACCCUCGCUCACCUGCGCGAGGGUUCUUUCCGGAUGCCACUCCAAAACCAGUUCGCGACUCUAUUGCCCCCGAUAAGGAUGAUUUGGGGAUGAUGGACACAACGGGUCCAUCGGUAAUUAGCCCCACCAAUAAACCAGUCAACGGCGAGUUUGCUUAUUGGUCCGACAACAAUGGGUCGGAGUCCGUUGAGUCGGCUCCAGACUUUUCUGCACCAUCGAAUUCGGACCAACCUCCUACUGAAGUGGUUGUGGGGAAGUCACCUGCCCCAGCUCAGCGGGCCAAUGACCCCUCGGCAAC